AUGCCGUUCGUCGACGCUUUCGUAUCGAGAGGUUUGCAGGGCGGCGAGGAUGCAGCCAAGCAUCUUCGCUCAGCUCUCCUUGAUUAUCUGAAGAAAACACCUAGAUACCACGCCGAUGAUCGGAUUGUUAUUCGUGUUUAUGCCAAUUGUCGCGGUCUGGCCAAGACUUACAGAGCAGCAAAAAUAAUUCCCGAGGACAGUGUCUUUGAGCAAUUCAUGAUUGGUUUCAACAACAGCCACCCGCUCUCUGACUAUAUCGAUGCAGGCAAUCGCAAGGAAGCUGCCGACUCGAAAUUGAAAGCCAAUUUCGAGCUUUUCUACCGAAAUUUCCACUGCCAGCAUGUUGUCUUCGGCGGAUCCGCAGAUAGCAGUUAUGCCGGCUUUCUGAGCCCAUUCGCCGCUCCCACUGCGGUCAAUGAUCGCAUCACGUUACUCGAGGGCCCGGCCUUUCCAAGUGAUCUCAAGAAGGUUGCGCAGGGAUUCCGGCAGACAUCCUUUCCGGAUAUCUUCAGAACGGUCAAGCUACAAGUAAUCCCCAAUGGUUCGAUUGCUGGCACGGCUGGGAUCAAAAGACCAGCGGCUGAGCCUUUGGUUGCUGCUCGGGAGCGACCGCCAGCUCCUUUGGCCACGCCAGUUUCCACAAUUGCAAAGGCACAGGCGCCUCCCGCUGCGCCACAGCUUCCACUACCACCAGUACUGUCGCCAACCAUCUUCCAAAAUCAGUACGGGCAACGACUGGACCCGCCAUUGAACUACGAUCGGAAAUAUCUACAACAUCUGUACGACUACAACUCGAAGCUCUGCAACAAUUUCUACCUCAAAGGUCACUGCCCCUAUGGCAACACCUGCGAGUGGGAUCAUUCUCAAGUGCUUAACCAGCUUCAACUCGACACACUUCGACACAAAGCCAGAACAUCCGCUUGUCGAAGCGCUUUUUGCACAGACCCACAAUGUCCGCUUGGUCAUAUGUGUCCUCGCAAUGGAACUUGCAACAUUUCGCUGUGCAAAUUCUUGCCAGAAAUGCACCACAUCGAUACCAGUCAAGUCUAUGAGGUCAACACAGCCACCGGAGAAAGAAAGAAAGUGGCAGUGCCUGCUUAG